AUGAACAGGUUUAAAAUCGACCUAUGGGGCUUCAAGGUGGACCUAAAGCUCCUAGGCGACAUCUUCUUUCUUACGGGAGCGGGCCUCUCCAUGUACUAUAUGCUCAGCCACUUGCUUGGAGAUACCCUCGAUAGCUCGGUGAAGAACAAGCAGUCUAAGAAGAAUAGUGCAAACAUCUUAAAAAAGAUCCAGGCAGCCAACCCAGAGCUCAAGAAGAUACAGCUUAACGAACACGAGCGCAUGUUGCUCAACUCUCUCGUUACUCCAGAUGACAUCACCACUGGGUUUGACGAUGUAGGGGGCCUUGAGCCCAUCAUCGAAGAGCUCCACGAGUCAGUGAUAUUGCCGUUGACCGAGCCAGAUCUCUUUGCAGCUCAUCUGAGUCUUGUGCUGCUGCCCAAGGGCGUUUUGUUUCACGGGCCUCCAGGGUGCGGCAAGACUAUGUUGGCGAAAGCCAUUGCUAAAGAGAGUGGUGCCUUUUUUCUUCUGAUCAGAAUGUCUACUCUCAUGGACAAAUGGUACGGCGAGCUGAACAAGAUUGUGGAUGCAAUCUUCUCGCUUGCCAACAAGCUACAGCCGUGCAUUAUCUUCAUUGACGAGAUCGACUCUUUCUUGAGAGACAGACAGCUGACGGACCACGAGGUGUCUGCGUUGCUCAAAGCUGAGUUCAUGACUCUCUGGGACGGUCUUCUUCUGAACGGGCGCAUCAUGGUUAUGGGAGCUACAAACAGAAUGAACGACAUUGACCUGGCGUUCAUGAGAAGAUUGCCUAAGAGGUUUGCCGUGGGCAGACCCAACAAGGAGCAGAGACGAGCGAUUCUUCAGAAGAUCCUAAAAGACGCUACACUCGACGACUCGUUUGAUCUUGAUAAGGUCGUCGACAACACCAACGGGUACAGUGGGUCUGACUUGCGGGAGUUGUGUAGAGAGGCAGCAUUGAAGUCAAUGAAGGAGUACCUCAAAGAGAGAAAGCAGGAUAAGCGUGCUCAGGAGAAGGGCCAGGGGAAAGUGCGUCCGCUCCAGACUCGUGAUUUCAUCGAAACCGAUUUGGACUAG